UUAACCUCUCUUUUCUUCCCGGCUCAUACACAACACACGAACACAGAGAGAGACAAAGACAGAGAUACAACCCAUGCCAUCCAUUUGUUCCAACCACAGUAGCAAUCAAUGAAGAACACAAAUUCAGAAUCUGCUUCUCUUUACUCCUUCUGAGCUGAACCGUUUUCUGAAGUGAAUGGAGCUCUCUCUAACACUGACCCCUUCUUCUUCAACUUCAUCGCUUCCACCUGCACUUGCUCACUGCUCCAAGCUAAGUGAAUUUCAACCGAAGAAGAAGAGGGUACCCUUUUUCUAUGCCCCUAGACUCUCACUGCGUUGUAUUAAGGCUUCGGCGGAACGAACCGGUGACACCAUCGAUGAUGGGGAGACUCGAACCGGGUUCACCAACCCUGCCAUGGAAGUCACCACAUUCAAUCGCAGUUUCAACGACGCUGACUUUCCCGUUUGGGAAAAGAUUGGUGCUGUUGUCAGACUCAGCUAUGGAAUAGGGAUUUAUGGUGCCAUGGCUGUUGCGGGGAGUUUUAUUUGUUCGAUCACAGGAAUUGACUCUCUGGGGGGUUUCCAUUUAUCAUUAGAUGCAAUUUUGGAAGGGCUUGGAUAUGCAGCUCCUCCAAUCAUGGCUCUACUAUUUAUUCUUGAUGAUGAAGUUGUGAAGCUGUCACCCCAUGCCCGUGCCAUCAGAGAUGUAGAGGAUGAAGAACUUUGGAGCUUUUUCUAUGGGAUGUCCCCUUGGCAGUUUAUACUGAUGGUUGCUGCAAGUUCAGUGGGAGAGGAACUCUUCUACAGGGCUGCUGUUCAGGGCGCAUUAGCUGAUAUAUUCUUACGCGGCAGUAAUCUUAUAACAGAUGCUCAAGGAAUGGCGUCUUUGACAGGGGUAUUGCCUCCAUUUGUUCCAUUUGCUCAGGCAUUUGCAGCUGUCCUUACAGCUGUUCUUACUGGUUCUCUCUAUUAUGUGGCUGCAUCUCCAAAAGAUCCUACAUAUGUUGUUGCACCUGUUUUACAAUCUCGCUCUGGUCGUCAAGAUUUGAAAAAGCUGUUUGAAGCCUGGUAUGAGAAAAGGCAAAUGAAAAAAAUCUAUUCCCCGCUUCUAGAAGGACUGCUGGCCCUCUACCUAGGUUUCGAGUGGAUCCAAACAAAUAAUAUUCUUGCUCCCAUUAUCACACAUGGCAUAUACUCCACAGUAAUAUUGGGACAUGGCCUUUGGAAGAUACAUAACCACCGGCGUAGACUUCGUCAAAGAAUCCAACAGCUAAAAUUAGAAGAGAAAUCCUCCAAGUAGAUAUUGAAAAUGCCCUCCAUGACUGGUUUUGGUAGAAAAAAAUUGUAUAUGUAUAGUUGUUCGUCAUGUAAAGAGGAGAUAUGUAUACUUGUGGUAGUUUAGGUCUUGAACUUACAGAAUAUGCAAGUUUUGAUUACAGAAAUUUCGAAAUAAGCGUUGUAAUAGCCUUUUCUUUUACCCAAUAAAAUGAGAUAAUCCAAAAGUGGGAUUG